CUAAAAAUUAAGAGGAGAAGGAAAAUAGACAGACGGAAAUAAGACUAAGCAGUGACUCUAGAGAGAGAGUGUAGAGUGAUAGGGAAGCAGAGAAAGAUCGAUUAUCAUCAUCGAUCAUCAUCUCAGAAACUCAAACACAAAAUCAACCAACCAACACAAAGAAGAUGUGGAGAAACAGGAAGAGAAAGGAUGAGGGUGAUUUUAUCGACGACGGAGACGUCAAAGCCAGAAAAAACCCUAAGAAAGCCGCUGAUGAUUCUGACAGUAUCGUCGUGUGUGAGAUUUCAAAAAAUAGGAGGGUUUCUGUGAGGAACUGGCAGGGGAAAGUUGUGGUGGAGAUUCGGGAGUUCUAUGUCAAAGAUGGUCAGGAAUUUCCCGGCAAAAAAGGUAUCUCCCUAUCCAUGGAUCAGUGGAGCAUACUCCGGGAUCACGUGGAAGAAAUUGACAAGGGAGUGGCAGGGAAUUCAUAGUGGCUGCAGCAGUGCAUUGUUUUUUUGCUUUUCUGCAAGUUAUAUUUCCUCCCGUCACAAAAUAUUUUUUUCUCUCGUUGACAAGUGAUAAAUGUACGACUCAUCUCUGUUUAUUUUGGGUUCACAGGGAGUAGCAGCAGCAGCUUAACGUCAUUUCCAUUUUGUAACUUUGUAAAUGAUGCUGGUCGGAAAACAAGAUAAAACAAUUGCUAUUAGUAGUUAUUUAGUCCUGCUGCAGGGGUUUCACUAACUAAAACUUAGGAAAGGACCAACCCAGUCUAUUUUCCUUUUGUUUAGUUGUUUCACACCCAGACUAUUUUACUUUUUUUAGUUGUGUUAGAUGAUAACAGUUGUAGUACUCUUUUUUCAGUUUGAAAGUUAUCCAUUGUCUAUUUUGUUUGACAACUCCCUUUGUGGCCAUAUAUGUUUUUGCCUUGUCAUGGACAAUAUACUUACUGUUGAAGGCAAAGAUGGAGCAGCGCAAAGUUCAACAGAGAACAAGUUACACUUGGUAGGGCUUUUGACAUGGAGCUGUAGUCGAAGACCAAUUAUGCAUUUGUAGAUGAUCCUCGCCCAGCAGCUAGUAAUAAACCUGACGUAUCCCUUAUCUCAACGGCGUCAUGGCUGCAACUUGCUUCUCUAUGACUAUUGUGCUUCAACCUGACUUGAGCUGAGAUAAAACUAUAUUGGCCAAAGGAUAUUUCUCCAAAGGUCAACUCAUUAUGAGAAGGAAAUGUUACAAGCCAGAGGAAAUAAUCUCAAUGUUAGCAGUGUUGAGUCUGUUGACUGCGAAUUCCGUCAAGCAUUCAUCCUGGGUUUUGUUGGCUGAUCUGGAAUUCCUACAUGAAGACUUUUAAGAUUAAAUGGGUGUUUACGAAUUCCCUGCUGUAGAAUUUCCUAGUCCGGCGUCAGAACAAGUUAAGAAUAACAAAAUUUGGAGUGGAUGAGCCUUUCGUUGUGCGUUGGACAAUUUGGGAAGAACGUACCAGGACUGUUUGGAGGCAGAAAAAUCUAAAGAGCUUAUAAAUCAUGUAAUCUACAGUUAGAAAUCAAUCUUUCAUUUGACACUAGUCUCCAGUGACAUCUGAACGUUCCUCCUACUCUCGGGUUUCACAGACACUAAUGGUGGUGUUGAUAUUCAUGUAAAGAGUAGAGGGAUGAAACCAAUGGAACUAGGGAAAAGAGAGACAGAGAGACUAAGAAACUAUUAACCAUGUAGUCAGGAUUUUACAGGAAAUCUUGAUUCUGGAAACAAUUUUGCUCAGUCAUUUUUCAAAAUUUUGUAUA